AUUUUGCAUUCCUUGUGUGGGGUAAAGAAAUACAUACUGACUCUACUAAAUAGGCUACCCAACUCUCAUUCGACUAAAAAUGUCUAAGCUACAGUUGUUGAGUGUGUUUUUAAAUGAGCGUUUAACGGCAGCAGCUGUGGAGAUUUUCGGGGCAGUUGAGAAAACGGUAGUUGAAUACCAGGAGGAGAAUGAUCGGCUACGGAGACUGCUGCGGAUCACUCCAGAGAUACCACAACGUAAAAUAGACUCCCUCCAGCUCUCUGUCUCUGAAGAGGAGGUUCCCCCUGAGCAGCAGCACUGUGAGCAGGAGUGGAGCCCCAGUCUGGGGCAGGAGGACCCAGAGACCAAACAGAUUAAAGAGAAACAGGAGGAACUCAGGACCAGUGAGGAGGAAGAGCAGCUUCAAGGUCUGGAGCCUGAUAUCAUAGAAUUCAAAUUCACUCCUCCCUGUGUGAAAAGUGAAUGUGAUCCGGAGGACCCACUUUGGUCCUUGACUCUUCCCCAAAUCCAGACUGUGGAGAACAGAGAGAGUGACUGUAAACGAGUGGAUUUCACACGUUUUGGCACUGUGACCCACAUUAAGGGUCUCAACAUUUUCUGUGACCCUCCAGAUAAUCAAAACAAUGCAUCCAGCCACAGUUCAGCUGUAAGCAGCGACCCAGUAGGACUUGACAGCAGCCCACCAUUUGAGCCUAGCCUAUCAUUGGAUCCAAACACACCAAUGGGGGAACACUAUUCCAAACCCAGCACCACAUCUAGAAUAACUCACCACUGCCGUGACUGUGGUGAAACGUUUCCUCUGAAAGCUGACCUGCAGAGGCACGUGACUUUUGCCAAGAAGAGAUUCAGCGAAUGCCACUUAUGCAAAAAACAGUACAACUCCACCUGUAAACUGAAGGCCCAUGUCCGACUCUGUCACGAUGGGAAACCCUGCACCUGCCCCUUUUGUGGCAAGGCCUUCAAACAAAAAGGACAUCUGUCCAGGCACAUGAAUAUUCACACAGGAGAGAAACCAUUUACCUGUGGUGACUGUGGGAAGAGCUUUAUUCAGAAAGGGGACCUAAGGAGACACAUACUGACUCACACAGGAGAGAAACCAUUUAGCUGUGGUGACUGUGGUAAAGGCUUCAUUCGCAAGGAGCACCUAACUGCACAUAUACGGACUCACACAGGAGAGUAAUCAUUUAUCUGUGGUGACUGCUGGAAAAGCUUUAGUCUCAAGCAGAACCUAACCAUGCACAAACUGACUCACACAAGAGAGUAAUCAUAUGGCUGCUCAGUCUGAGGUAAAAGAUUAAUUCAGAAGGUAAACAUGCUGACGCACGUGAGAUACAUCCACAAAGAAAGAAAAUAGGAUGAAAACACAAAAAAAGAAAGACAGUUAGGACAAAGAUCUCCUGUCAGGAGAUGGGAAUAAAAAGGCAGGAUGUGAACAACACUCUUAGGAAAGCAAAGAAAGACAGUUAGGACAAAGAUCUCCUAUCAGAAGAUGGGAAUAAAAAGGCAGGAUGUGGACAACACUCUUAGGAAAGCAAAGCUACUCUGGAUAAUUCGUGCUGUGGGUUUCAGAUAAAUAGAUACACGAUGGAUUUACUUUAGUAAAAUGUUUUGUGUAAAUAAAGUUUGAUUUUAAUUAAAAGUUUAGGAAAUAAAAUAACAGUAGUGCCUGUAUUUUGUUCAACGUCUGUUGAUGUUUUCACGUAAUUAGAAACAGGGAUAUCUGGUGAUGACAGAAUGUUCUGACUGGUGUUAUUGAUUUUUUUUUAAAUGCAUUCAUUCCAGGAGUUAUCUCCUUCCGUCUGUCCCAUGAGUGUUUCUCAUCCAUUCUGACCCAAUGUUGCUCAUUCAUGAUAUUGUUUUAAAUUGUAACUUCUGGGAAGUAGUGAUAUAGUCAACUCCUCAUAAGUGCACUGCAGUGUUUUUCCUGUCCCAAUUCAAUAACAUCUACACUACCGUUCAAAAGUUU